GAAGACCUGUUGUGUCCAACACACAGUGCACAUGCAUAAAGUCAAUUACCAGCUGGAAGAGUUCAAGUUCCAGCCUUGUUUUUCACUUCAGAGGUCCAGAGGACACUAGUGUUACGUAACAUUUCCUUGUUGAGAGUUUAUGUUAGUUUGUUUUAUGCCAGCCUCCUUCACUCCUCACCCACAUAACAUGAGACGCUCCCACCAUCCACCGUCUGUGGGAGCAAACUGAUUUUCUGGAGGGCCUUUUGACACAUUAUUUAUCAUGAUUUUUCAAGCACUUUUUGAGUGUAUGGACUUCACUGGCUGGCUGUUGCUCAGUUUUGUAGUGUUACUCCUGAUAGAUGUGGUCAGAAACUGGAGGCCACACAGCUUUCCACCUGGACCGUGGGCUGUGCCUUUUCUAGGAAAUGUUUUCGUUGACUUCAAAUCAAUGGAGAAGCUUGCUCAGGAGUACGGUCCAGUGUUCAGCUUGAGGAGAGGCAGCGAGAGGAUGGUGUUUAUUUCAGGCUACAAGAUGGUCAAAGAGGCUCUUGUUCACCAGCUGGACAGCUUUGUUGAUCGACCGAUUGUCCCUCUCUUCCAUGUUAUCUUCAAGGGGCUUGGCAUUGGUUUGAGCAAUGGUUACCUGUGGAAGAAGCAGAGGAAGUUUGCCAUCACUCACCUGCGUUACUUUGGAGAGGGCCAGAAGUCACUGGAAAAAUACAUUGAGGUGGAAAACAACUUCCUCUGUGAAGCUUUCAAAGAGGAACAAGGAAGACCAUUCAACCCCCACUACAUCAUAACGAAUGCAGUGAGUAACAUCAUCUCGUCUGUGGUGUUUGGACAUCGCUUUGAAUACAGCGAUCAAAGCUUUCGCAAGUUUCUGGAGUUGGACAAUGAGGCCGUUAUGCUCUCUGGCUCUGCUCAGAUUCAGCUGUAUGAUGCCUUCCCUGGCUUGCUGAAGUACCUGCCAGGACCUCACCAGACUGUCCACGCCAACUACAAGGAGAUCAUGACUUUCCUGAAAAAGGAAGUAGAGAAGCACCAGGAGGAGUGGAACCCAGAUGACCCCCGUGAUUAUAUCGAUGUUUACCUGGCAGAGAUGGAGAAGAAAAAGGAGGAUCCCCAGGCUGGCUUCAACAUUGAAACCCUGCUGGUUUGCACCCUCGACCUGAUUGAGGCUGGUACAGAAACAACUUCCACCACUUUACGCUGGGCCCUCCUAUACAUGAUGCACUACCCAGAGAUACAGGAGAAAGUCCAGGCAGAGAUAGACCGAGUGAUCGGACAGUCUCGUCAGCCCACAAUAGCCGACAGACCCAACAUGCCUUUCACCGACGCUGUCAUCCAUGAGACUCAAAGGAUGGGAAACAUUGUUCCCUUGGGAUUACCCAAAAUGGCCAGUAAAGACGCUACACUGGGAGGAUACUUAAUACCCAAGGGCACAGCCACAACUACAAUUCUUGCAUCGGUGCUGUUUGAUAAGAAUGAGUGGGCGACUCCAGAUAUCUUCAAUCUGGAGCAUUUCUUGGAUUCAGAGGGCCACUUCCGCAGAAGAGAGGCCUUCUUACCGUUUUCAGCAGGUAAACGUGUGUGUUUAGGGGAGCACCUGGCCAGAAUGGAGCUGUUCGUUCUCUUUACAUCUCUCUUCCAACACUUCACCUUCUCUCCUGUUCCUGGAGAAAUGCCCAGCUUGGAGGGCGUGCUAGGCUUCACCCAUUCCCCCGAGGAGUUCAGGAUGCUAGCUGUGCCUCGCUGAUUUGCUCCCGCCUCUUCUCAUCCCUGCACAAAGCUUUAACGGUCUCCACGAAGACGACAAUAUCAAAGAUCACAUAUCUGACUUGCAACUGGAAACUAGUUUGCAUAACAUAUGACCAUUCCCCACCAAAAAAUAUAAAAAUAAAGAAGAUCACCAUGUCUGUGGAGAUUCACAGCCAUCCAGGCCACAUGAUAUUUGUCAAAGGCACCUGGACUUGCUUAUGGUUUCAAGGCCAAACAGUUAGCCCAGUUGCCUUUGAUUUGGUUCUUACAGGUAAAUAAAGCACCAGCACUCCCAUGUUCCUCCCAAAGGAAGCGAUAUGUUUUCGGGAAAACUACUGUUCUACUUGUACUGAUACAGUAUCUAUUUAUCACUGGUCUGACAAGCUUUUAUCUACUGGAUCUCAUAUAAUUUGAUGAGAUGGUCAUUAACAUUUGACAUUCACAAACUGUUGAUCCAUUAAGUGUUGCAUAAUUUAAUGAGCUAAUACUGAUUAGAUCAUUUAUCAGUGAAGUGCAACAGUAGAUUAUGAUAUACAGUAUUAUGGAUUCACAUUAGCACAUGAUGCCUUAUGUAUUAGCUCUACAUUAGUUAAACAUAUUUUCUUUCCCAUCUAACAAAAUACAUCAAAACACAGCACCUACACACACAUCAG